AUGAACAAAUUAACAAAAGAUUUAAGAAAGCUUGUUGAGCGACGAGCGGGAGAGCAGAAUUCGUUUCUCGUGGCACAGCAGCUCAUCGAUGCUGGAGCAGAUAUUACAGUUCAGACAAAAGAUGGACCAAUGAUUCAUGCUGUGAUAAAUGAAGAACGACGACUUCGUCCAGUACUACUUUGGAAAGCUGACAACUGCGUGCGUUUAAUCGAAGUCUUACAGAGACAAGCUUCUCGUUUACUUGCUGCACGAGUUCUUUCAUCGAAUAGCAAUGAUAUCAAUGAAAUACGCCGAUUCAUCGAAUUACAAGCGAAUACUUACCAAUCAGAUACAUUCGGAGCUCUUGGUUUAUUAGGUGAUCUUCUCAAGGAAGAACGAAUAUCAAUUCAACUUGAUGUUAUACAAAUAUUGAUCGCAAGUGAUCCAUAUACAUAUGCUGGUUUAACUGCUGAAAACGAUGCUAAAGAAACAUGUCUGACAAUUGCAAGAAGCAAUCGAAAAUGUAGCAAAGAAGUGAUUGAUUAUUUACAGCUCGAGUUCGAUAAAAAUCUUAAUAAAAUUCCUUUCUCUCGAUCACCAAUUAAUAUUAAGGAAGUGACUAAUUGGAUUUGUCGUGGUGCAAAUACAGAAAUGACAGAUGAGAAGGGUAAUACAGUGCUUUUAAACGCUGUGCUUACCAACAAUUUGGAAUUAGUUCGUACGUUAGUUUCUUGUGGUUGCAACAUAUUUCAUAAGAACGCUGAGAGACUUACAGCACUAGAUAUAGCAGAAAAAACUACACCAAGAAAUCAAUUACUCAUCGCUGCGCUACAAGCACAAAGUGUCAACAUGGAAUUACGAAAGCUCAUUGAAACCAAGAAAUCACAACUUACCGUCACCGAGGUCAGUACCCUAUUAAGCAAAGGUGCGAAUAUCAAUGCUUCAAUCACCAAUCAUGGCUCUUUGUUACACUUAUUGAUCGUCGACAAAGGUUCACCAGAAAUGAUAACUGCUUUUAUAAAUGAAUUCGAUGCUGAUAUUACUCUUAUGAAUACUAAAGGAUAUCGAGCUAUUGAAACAUGUAUUCUCAUUGACAAAAAACCAUUUGAACUACUUAAAAUCUUUCUCAAACUAUCGAAAGUAACAACAUCAAUGUUUUUUAAUUCAAAAUUGAAUCAAACCUUACUACAGUUUGCAGCUGAACAUAAGCGUACAGAUGCAGUCGACUUGAUUCAGCAGACGUUGAAUGAACGCUUAUGGAUUUGCGUAAUUGAAAACGAUAUUAAAAAUAUGCUAAAUGAAAAUGUCAUGAUCGAGAUAAAACAACUCAUUAAUUAUGGUGCUCAAAUCAAUUAUAAACAUACCGAUAAGAAUUAUCAAGAAUGGACUAUUUUACAUUUGGCUUGCCAAAAAACAAAUCAAGCUUUUGUUCAAUUUCUCAUCGAACAAAUGAAAGCCAAUUAUUUGCUACCAAAUGGAAGUGGUAACUAUCCCAUUGCUAUUACUGCUGAACACGGCAAUUUGUCGACUCUUCAGUAUCUAUGGAAACUACCUAAAUCAAACUUGAAUGUGACAAAUAAAGAUAAUGAGACACCACUUCACCUAGCUACGAAGAAUCGUCAUCUACUGAUUGUUCGUUUUCUGAUUCGAUGGGGUGCUGAUCCAAAAGCGCAUGAUUUUAAGAAAAGAACUGCACUCGAUAUUGCAAAGAUGGAUGUAUCGAACAAUAAACUGGAUGACCUUAAUGCCAAGAAACUGUUGAACUUCCUUGAACAACUUAUUUGUCCUUCGAUAGAAAAUUCAAAGAAUAAAUCAGAAAUAGCAUCAAAAAAACCGAAUAUUGAUCAAGACACGUGUGAAUUAGUAAUGACUAUUCCUAUUAAACCAAUUCAAAUUGGAGAUACUGAUCCACUAAAAAGAGGUAUAAAAAGUUUAGGUCUUCUCGCUGGUACACCAAACGAUAAUCUGCAUGACGCUGUUAGAAAAGGCUUGGCAUUUGAAGCAAAUCAAGCCAUUGGUCAAGAUGCCGAUAUUUGUUAUCGAAAAAACGGUUUUACACCGUAUGAAAUCGCUUUACAAACAGCACGCGAUUGUUACACCAAACUACAAUCAUCGCAUAUCACACUUAAUGAUCGUCAAAAGCUUCAAGAAAAAAUGCAAUGGUGUCAACAGAUUGCCAAUACUAUUUCGCAGAUUGCUCUUACAAAAAUGAUCAAAGCAAUUGAACAAUCUAAUAUUGGUCACGUAGUAGCAUAUCAUAUAGCUGGAGCUCCGCUUACCAAUGAGUUACUUUAUUGUGCAUGUUCAUCAUCUGACAAUGUUGAAAUUGUUCAUUAUCUCAUUCAGCAAAGUAAAGAGAUUUUCCAAUCAGUUUAUAAGUAUAAUCGAUCAGAAUCUCCAUAUAAAACAGCAAAGAGAAAUAAAUUUAAUCGUGUAGCAUCAUAUCUCAAAUAUAUAAUCUCUAUUGAAUGUACAAAAUCAAUAAAAGAAAAUAAUCUAUUGGAUGUAAAGCAACUUGUUCUUAGUGGAGCUAGUGUAGAUAUGACUGAUACAAAUAAUCUACAAAUCGCUUUGAAACAUGAAAAUAUCAAAUUAAUUGAAUUUCUUUGUGAUCAUGGUGCAAAAAUGCCAAAAGAAUGGUUAGAAAAUCCAAAUAUCAUUCUACCGGUUGAUAUUGCUCAAACAAUGUCACCUGAUAGUAUUGUUUGCAUAAAUCGAUGUUUGAUCAAUCGUCGACUCCUCUUUGCAGCAGCUGAUGGUAACCUAGCUGAUGUUAUUCGAUGUCAACGUCUAGGAGCAAACAUUAAUUCAAUGAAUUGUUAUGGAUCAACAGCUGUGUUAUGUGCUAUUCAACAUGGAAAUUAUUUUUCCAUUGUUCACGCAUUAGUUUCAUGUGGUGCUUCGAUAUUGCACUGCAAUGAUAAUGAACCAAUGUCGUUGAUUGAUAUCGCUAAAAGUAGACAAUAUGACACAAUUGUGAACUAUUUGACUAGAGAAUUAAACAAUCAAUUUAUUGUAUCAAUUAUAAACGAUGAUCGAAAAAGUGCUCAAAAGUUUGAAGAACUUGGUGUAGAUUUUAAUUAUCAAGACGAACAAAAACGAACAGCAUUGCAUUAUGCUGUACAGUAUCAUGGUGUCGAUCUUGUAACAUGGUUAUGUGAUCGUAGAAGUAUACCUAUGUCAGCUGAUGUCAAUGGUGAUUAUCCAAUUAUGUUAGCAACACAAAAAGGUGACUAUCCUGUUGUCGAGUUAUUUAUACUCAGAUAUCCUGCUACAAGAAAACAAACUAAUCAAAGUGGUUCUACAGCCUUACAAAUAGCGAAAAAACUCGAUUAUCAACGAAUCAAACAGCUUAUCGAAACUGGUAAACCGGUAUUUUCACCUGACGACAACAAGCAACCACAAGGUCCCAAGUAUACAUCUGAUCGGCUUCAAGAAGCUGCUCAAAAAGGUCAAGUAGCUAUCAUUCGAGAAUUUCGUGAAGAUCGUUAUGAUUCAAGAGAUGAAAAGCGACAACUAUGUUAUCAACUUUUGAAAGUGGCUGAAAAACACAAACAGUUUCAAAUUGUGGAUAUUCUAAAACCAUAUUUCGAUGAAUAUCUUAAACCAGAUAUUCCGUCGGAUAUUUCUAUCGGCGAAGCAGUCACAUUAAAUAAACCAAACAAAAAAAUUCUUUUAGGAUUUUUGACCGGACUAGGUAAUGUCGUUACUGAAUGUCCCGUUUUACUUGACCCCAGCGAUCCAAAUACCUAUCAACAACUCUUUUCUGGUCUUGGCUCAAAACUAAUGAAACGAUUGAAACAAUUAAAAAAAGUAAAAAAUGGACAAGAUGCAAAGGAUGUUUAUCAACAAGACUCAGCCAAUAUGGGUGAAAAGUUAAAUAAAAUUAAAAACGAACUUCAAGUUUUAGUAGAAACAAGAAAAGAGACGAUACUUCGCAUACAAGAGCAUGAUGAACAACUUUCUAAACAAAAAGAUUUAUCUGCAUUACAACGAAAAGCAUUAUUUGAAGAGAAAGAAUCAUAUGAACAACAAUUGGUUGCAUAUGAAUGUUCAAUUACUCUAUAUCAACGUGAAGAAGAAUCGAUUUUAAAUCGACAGAAAAAUCUUCAAUUUAUUCAGAACGAUACUAAUUUAUAUCUAUUCUAUUGUACAAUCGAAAAUCGUUUAGAAUCCUUGUUCCAUAGUGUUUUUGCUGCACAAUCGGGUGGACUAAAAGCAACAAUACAAACAAAAAAUUCUACAACGACGGAGUCUUCUAAGGUGGUGUCAUCAUCAGCACUUCUGACAUUUUGUGACGUGAUUGUGAAUGCAGUGAAAGAAACACUUGCUGACAUAUUAUCGAAAUUAAAUCAAAAAGAGCAAAAAGAAGAAUGGUAUAAUAUUUCCACUAUAGGAACUAUUGGAGAAAUUAAACGACUCGCAUCGGAUACGGCUGGAUUCAUGACAUUAUACUAUAAAGAACAAAUACAAUCUAUUGAUACGAGUUGCAAAAUUACAGGAACUAGUCCCUAUAAUGAUCAAUUUCAAUGGAUAAAAGAUGUUUUCAUAAAUAUUCCAAAUGAAACAGCAGAGGAGAUUCCUGUCAUUGUUGUUGCUGAUUAUGUAACAGCAUGGAUUAUUCAUGCGCUCAAAGUUGACAGGAAAGAGAUCAAAUUAGACAAACCACUGCCACAACAAUUGUGGUAUUUAGUUGCCAAAAAGAAUAUUAUUGAACAAGGGUCAUCAAAUGAAGCAUUUGAAAUCGUCAGUGUAAAAGCUGGACAACAACGAAUUCCUUUAAAAAAGAAAAAGACGAAUAUGAAUAAUGAAGAAAGUCCAGUAUAUGUGCAAUUGCGUUACCUGAUUGGUUGCGUAUCAGUCGUAGGUCUUACAGGAGAAAUCUACCAAUACUCAGUCUCCCUCGAACGAUCAACCGAACAGAAUUUUGAUGAUCUAGACAUUUUCGGUUAUGUUUAUGCAUCAGUGUUCUCCUCUGAUGAGAAUAUAUUACAAUCUAUUGUUACUGGAAGAGGAAUGCAGCUAGCCAUGAGAAAUGAUCAAAAUGAUAUUAUUACAAAACUGGACGAAAUGAAACAGCUUGCAAAACUAUUCAAUUUUGAAGAAAUGGAACGAGCAAAUCAAUCAUGCGUUAGCAAAGACACAAUCAAUCAAGUUGCACAAGUGUUACGUGAACAGAAGAUGUUUGCCAAUGUGUCAGAUGUAAAAGCUGAACUAAACAAAGUUCGAAAAGUAAUUGGUUUCACUGUUGACACUUUAAAAGAAGAUAUUCAGAAGAAAGUUGAAUUCUAUCAAACAUCUAUUAAUGCUGCACACGAACAGAUUCAACAAGAAUCUACAAAAAACCGAAAAACUAUGGAACAUGAUAAUGAAGAGCGAUACAAUCAAGCAAUAAACAAACUAUCUCACCAAUUGAAAGAAAUGAAAAUGAAUUUGGAGGAAGUCAUUAAUCAACGCAUGAAUAUCAUUGAAACUGAAAUGCGAAAUAAAACGGAAGAAAUAUUAGCUAUUUCAAAGGCAGCCAAAGAUCAUUCUGAUUCCGCACUUAUCCAAGCGACGCAAGCUGCUCGGGCUAGUGAAAAAUCUGCAAAAUCAAGCGAAGAAAAUACCAAACAUUCUCAGCAAUUAGUACAAUCAAUAGAACAACGCCGUCAAGAAUUGCAAUUAUUUAUUAAUCAGUGCGAACAAAAAGUCCAAACAACAAAUACAGAGCUGAAGAAUUCGUUUGAACAAAACGUCUUAGGAAUUCGUACCCGAUUUGAAAAAGAACUCGAUGACAAUAAACGAGUUACUACCGAGCUGGCUACAAAUGCUAAAGAAUCAUCAAAAGCUGCUCAAGAUGCGAUGUCAAGUGCUCGAGAUCUAACGAAAAUAACGAAAGAGGAACUUCAAAUUCAAAAAACAGAAUCAAAGAAAAUACUCUCAGAUGCACACGAAGCACGUCGACAGAGUGAACGGUCAGCAGACUUUUCUAAAGAAGCUGAAAAACAAGCGAGACGAGCAGUAGAUACAAAUACAGCAGAACUCAAGAAAUUGACUGAAAUGUUUAAAAAAAUGCAGGAAACAAUACAGAGACUAGAAAAGUUGGAGAAAAAAGCCGAAUCUUAA